CCCUCGCCCUGAACAUCCCCUCCCUGAAGCCCACAGCAGCUAUCAGCUUCUCUUGCUGCUUUCUGUGCAGGGGAAGCUUUUGUUUCUUUCCUUAGCAUAGCUCUCCGGCAGCCUGGCUUAUUCCUGCCUCUCCCUGAAGCCUGGCACAGGCCAGGAGGAGGUUUGAUUGCCUGUUGCCCUUGAGCCAGCAUCUCUCCGCAGGAUGCUCUCAGGGUCUCUGCUCCUCAGGCAGCGGGGCUCCCACCCCAGCGAGCCCUGAGGCGGCACCACGAGUGACCUUCUCUGGGGCUAAGCUGGGCUGGGGACGGGGCCCUUCGCUGCAGCCCUGGGCCAGCCCCUCCGCCCUCCCUAGAGGCAGAGUCUGGGAUGUACCAGAUGACCCAGGCCCUCGGGAGGCUGAGCCUGGAGGUGGGCAGCCUCCCAGACUAGCUAGGAAAGCACAGGCAAACUGCUCCUGUCUUUUUCCUUUGUGCUCAGCAGUUCAGCAUCUAGUGACCCAACCCAAUGCUGUCCUCUGCCUCAGCCGUCCUUCAGUGUCCAGUUCGGGGCCAGGCAGUGGUUCUCGAAUUUUAGCUCCUUAGGGGUUCAACCAAAGUUGGUUCUCAGUUUGCCAGGAACUGGUCAGGCUGCCACAGUCCCCGUGUGAGCAUGAGCCUGGGGCACACUUGGUCUGCAGAUCUGGCUUCUGCCCUCUGCAGACGCUCUUGCAGGUGACCACUCCCCUGUCGCAGGCAUCAGGUAGGACCCGGCACCCCACUCCCUCUGACUGGAACCCGCGUGAUCAGUGCUUCUCCCCCACCUUCUUUCUUACCGGCAGACAUUGCUUUCUCCCCCCUCUCCUGGGGGACGUGGCUCAGGUGCACCUCCCCUGUCCCAGGAAUGCUCAGCGGACUGACCUGCUCACCGCAGGCCCCUCUUCCCCACCCUACUGUCAUGACGUUCAUCGUACCACAUCCUGUUUUGCGGGUUGCUCGGCAUAACCUGCUAAUUGAUCUCCUUCAACCUAGGGCUCAAGGUGGUGGCCUGCGCGCCGGGCGGAGUCCAGUGUCUGCCCAGUGUGCCUGCCGGUUCCCCACCGGUACGCACCCCUGCCUCUUGUUACUGCACAGCUCCCAUCAUCAGCCUCGGCCACCCGGCCCCGCGAGCCUGCAGGUCCUGCCUUUAUACCGGCAGAGACCGCAUCUCUGUCCGUCCGUGAUUACGGCAUGUCCACGGCACAGAGCAUGCCAGAAAGCAGGAACCCAGUUAAUGCACGUUGUCGAGGGAACAAAUAUAUUGAAUGAAAAAAAUACACAACAAUUUAUUUGAUGUGUGCAAAAAGUAACAUUGUAGGUGCACAGACUAUCUGGAGGGAUUCAUGUACACGGGGUAAUCGCGGAUGCCUCCGAGAAGGGAACUGGUGGUUGGGCAAUGGGGUAGAAUUAGGGUACACCUUGUUCCUUUGGAAUUUAAUUCACACGUUACAAAAUUGGAAUUUCCUUAAUAGACAGUUAUAUAAUUUAAAAGAUUAAGUCAUGAGGCACCUGGCUGCCUCAGUCAGUAGAAUGUGACUCCUGAUCUUGGGGUUAUGAGUUUGAGCCCCACGUUGGGUGUAGAGUUUACAAAAAAUAAAAAUAAAUAAUACAUUAAAAGAUCAAGUCUUGUCAUUUGAGGCCUCUCUUGCUGUGUCCCCCCCGCCCCCGCCCAGCACCUGAGCCCCCUGAUUCUGAUGCGGUCUCUCCUCCUAUCCCAGCAGUGCCUGGUUCGAGAUGGGGUCCCAGGUGUCCGUGGACGUGGGAGCUGUGCGCGUGGUGAUCGUGGGUGGGGGCUUUGGUGGGAUAGCUGCUGCCAGCCAGCUGCAGGCUCUGAACAUCCCCUUCAUGCUGGUGGACAUGAAGGACUGCUUCCAUCACAAUGUGGCAGCCCUCCGGGCCUCCGUGGAAAGUGGGUUUGCCAAAAAGACAUUCAUUUCCUACUCCGUGACCUUCAAGGAAAACUUCCGGCAGGGGCUGGUCAUAGAGAUAGACCUGCAGAAUCAGACGGUGCUGCUCGAGGAUGGUGAGGUGAGCAUGGUGGGGGCUGACCUGAUCCUCAGCUGGCUUCACGAGGCCCCAGGGGGCCGCAGCUGCCGGUGGGAUGAGACCUGGAUGUUCUCAAGGGUGGAGAGUCAUCAAUAGCCCCCACACGGUGCUGGCCGGAUAGCAGAUUCCUCAUAAGCAAAGGCCUGGCCCUAGCAGACUUCUCCUGAGCCUUUCCUAUACGCCAGGCACUGUCUU